AUGACAAAUAUCAUAGAACCACUUUCUGUUGAUGUAAACAAUCACAAUCCAUCGUUAUUAGUAGCAACAAAUUCUGUUAGAUUGACUUCAUGCAUAAGAUUACUGCUGAUUACUUUAGCAAUUAUAGUCGGUUUAUGUGUUAUAGCUUCAAUUAUCAGUAUAGUCGUAGUUUUCACUGGCCGUAAGACACACAUAUUAUCAGAUUCGUUUAAUACAACUUCUGUAAUGGUCUCGACAGACGAUGUAUAUACAACAGCAGCAACAAGAGCUAUAUCAAGUAGUGCAUCGUACACAACACAAAUAGUUACGACUGAACAAUUGAGUACAUCAGUACAGACUACGAACAAUAAUUCAAAAUGUCAAUUGUUGACAUUUGCACCGUAUACAUCGAUUUUAGCUGGUUAUUUUCCCCAAUCUAUUACUGUAAAUGAUUUUAAUGGAGACAAUCAUUCUGAUAUUGCUAUUGCCAAUCGUUUCGGUAACAAUGUUGCAAUAUUUUUGGGUAAUGGUAAUGGAACGUUUCGAAAGUCAACAAGUAUCCCAACUAGUAGUGAACCUAUAUUUGUCACCAAUGCUGAUUUUAACAACGAUAAAAAAUUAGACAUUGCUGUUGUACAUCAUGGUAGCGCCAGUAUAGGUAUCUCUUUGGGCUUUGGUAAUGGAACAUUUGCGAUGCCAAUGAAUUUUUCUGUUGGUAACAGUCCGUAUUAUGCUGCUGUGGGCAAUUUUAAUAAUGACAAUUAUCUAGAUAUUGUAAUUACUAAUUAUGAUGAUAAUAGUACAACUGUACUGAUUAAUUCUCAAAAUAACAGUUUCAUUUCAAGCAUGAAUAUUUCAACUGGAAGUGCUCCAUUUGGAGUAAUUGCUGCUGAUUUUAAUAAUGAUAAUUUCACCGAUACUGUUGUUAGUAAUAGUAAUAAUGAUACUGUAAGUAUGUUUCUUGGUUAUGGUAAUGGAACUUUUCAUUUACCGAUAAAUUCUAAUACAAUGACAAGUCCUCUUGGAACGGCUGCCGGUGAUUUCAAUGGUGAUUAUAAACUUGAUCUAGUCGUUGCUAAUGUCGAUGACAAUAGUAUAAGUAUUUUACUUGGUAAUAAUGAUGGAACUUUUCAAACACAAAUAGUUUAUUCAACUGGUAUUUGGCCAUGGUCUGUAGCUACCGGUGAUGUAGACGAGGAUACAUAUGUGGAUAUUGUUGUUGCUAAUAGUAACAGUAAAUUUAUCAAUGUUUUUCUUGGUUAUGGCAAUGGAACAUUUCGAAAAGCAAUGAAUAUCACAACUGAGGCAGGUCCAUGGGACGUAGCUAUUAGUGAUUUUAAUAAUGACGGUCGAUUAGAUAUUGUUGCUCUAAGUAGUAAUUAUUUUACUUUAAACAUUCUUUUAAAUACAUGUUAA